AUGGAAGAUGUAAAAUCAGCACUGAAAAAUAUGUCGGAAAAGUUCACUGCACAGAUGGCUCGUUUUGAGGCACGCCAAGAGUCCAACACUCCAUUAGCUGCAGAAUUUCAAGAGUUCAAGUCCUUCGUGUUGACUGCAUUAUCUACACUGCAUUGUCAGAUUGAGAUGGUGGUGCAAGAUGUUGAGCAGCAGGAGAUACGAAGCAGAAGAAAAAUGCUCCUUCUUCACGGCUUGCAGGAGGUGAAGGGUGAGAACCUUGAGGUUGCAGUUGUGAAAUUAGCCAAGGAUAAGCUUUCAGUGUCAGUCGAGAUGACCUACACCAUAAGCGGCAUAGUGUAUUUAUGGCCGCACGAACGCGCUUUGGUGUCUCUCGCUGCUGGACCAGAGAUCCAGCACCGUGUGGUUACUAUGGCUGAGCUGGAGCUGAUUCCGGACUCCGUGUCCCCACGAGAUGAGCCGGGCACAACAUCGAAG